AAAAAUUCAAUCAUUUUGACGAAGAUGGGCAACACUCUCAUACGACGGAGCUUUUCGACUUCACGUAAUUGCCUAGAUAUUGUGACUAAAGAACGUGCUCGAUUCACAUAUUGUCAGGAUAACUUUGAAAAACUAAACUUCAAUGUAUAUCCUUAUUAUAUUGAGCGUGCAUGGUGGCAACGAGGUGCGAGAAUGACCUUUUGGGCUACAUGGCGACAAGCUGCAAAUGUACGCCGACGUCAAGCUUUCGCAACUUUUGGACCUGAUAGAAUGCGCUACAAGGCGAUGACUACCAACAAUAUCCUACCCAGAGCGAUAACUGAUGAAUUCAGGGAAAAAUUAAGAGCUUUGCCUAAAGACGCACAUCCUAAAUUGGUCGUUAAAAUGUGCAUGUUUACAGGACGUUCUCGAGGAAAAUUCAACAGUUACCGAGUUAAUAGGCAUAUCUUCCGAUUAUUAGCUGACAAGGGAAAUUUAUGCGGCGUUAAGAGAGCAAUUUGGGGACGACAAUAA